CGGCAGCAGCUACAGCCGCGGCAGCAGCGGCAGCAGCGGCAGCAGCAGCAGCAGCAGCAGCAGCAGCAGCAGCAGCAGCAGCAGCAGCAGCAGCAGCAGCAGCAGCAGCAGCAGCAGCAGCAGCAGCAGCAGCAGCAGCGGCAGCAGCAGCAGCGGCACCAGCAGCAGCAGCGGCGGCUGCGGCAGCAGCGGCAUCCCCAACUGCAACGACAGCACCGGCAGCAGCACCACCAGGUCCACCCUCCGCCGCCCAUCAUGGCUACCACCCCUCCUGUUCCUCUCCCCCCUCCUAUCGACGCCUCUUCGGUUGACAAGCUGCAGCUUGCUGCAGAUCGUUCCGCCAUCAACUGGCACUCGUUCGUCGGCAGCAUUCGCUGCGUCCUUCAAGACGCCUUCGUCGGACCCUACUGCGUCCUUGACCCUAACCUGACCGUGGCUACUGCCCCCGAGCUUCAGGCUGCUGCGGACGCCACCUUCCUCCACAACCGCCGCGAAUACCUCAUCCGCAAGGCCGACCAUGACGUUGCUCUCCUCAACUAUGAGUUUGCCUCGUCAGAGCGUUCCACUCGCCUGGAGCUGAUUGCCGAGUACACCACCUCCAUGGCGGCUUAUGUCCCCAACAGCAUCUCCUGGGCCGCUGCCGACAACCGCGCUUGCACCAUCCUUCUUGGUGCUCUCCCCGACGCCCUCAUGCGCCGCUUCCAAGCUCGCGAGAUGCGCGCUCACCUCAUUUGGACCGAGCUCCAGUCUAUGUUCGAGCGUCGCGACAUCAGCUCUGUUGGCGUUCUAUUCCAGGAGUAUUUCUCCAUCACCCUCGCCACCUGUGACGGCACAGUCGACUAUGUCGGCCGCAUGCAGGAGGUUGCCGAUCGCCUUGCCGCUCGCCAGGCUGCCCUUUCCAAGCCCCUGCAGAUCCACCGUCUGCUCUUCAACCUCACGCCAGACUAUGAGUCCCGCCUUCACGCCUUCACCGAGGCGAACCCCUUGGCUGGCCUCCCCGAGGUGACACAGUGGAUCAUUGACACGGAGGUCAAGCUCCGCACCCCCAUUGUCAACCUCACCACCACUCACUCCUCCUCCGCCUCCCUCAAUGCCACACAGCCGCGCACUCAGGGUGGUCGCACCGGCGGUAGCGGGGGUCGUGGAGGGAGUGGAGGUGGCAGUAGGGGUAGUGGCCGUGGUGGCCGUGGUGGUAGUGGUGGUGGUGGUGGUGGUCCUAGUGGCCCCGCUCCCGGAGGCUCCUCUAGUGCUGGUGGAGCUUGUCCCUGA